AUGAAGUACAAUCAUAUAGGAAAAUACUGCAAAACAAAACAACAAGUAUGUGCUCCAUGUGGAGAAAAACAUCGCAUGGACCAAUGUGCUGUUGGCAAUGAUGCAGUCAAAUGUUGUAAUUGUAAAGGUAAUUAUUUAGCAACUUCAAAUGAUUGUUCGUAUUAUAGAGAACAAGUAAAAAUAAUGCUAAACCUGAUUAACCGAUAUUCAGCAACAAGCAAACCAGUAAUAUUAGCACCAGCAAUAUACAACACCAGAGAAUUUCCACCAUUACCAAAUGUAUAUCAACAGCAAAAAGAAAUCCUACAAAAUAAUCCAUUUGAUGAUAUUCUUAAUGCUCUUACAAGUAAAAUGGAAACCAUCAUCGAAGAAACGACCAAUAGACUAUUCAAAGUACUUCAGAAAAAAAUUACAAAAAUAGAAAAGUCAAUCAGCACCAACGACAACAAUGAUAAAAAUGAAGAUGUCUUAACUAUGUCUGAUUCAGAUUCAAAUGAAGAAAGUCAAGUAGUUAAGUACAUCAAGAACAAGCAAAAACAGAAAUCAGAAACAAUCAAUUCUAUCACUUCAUCUAUUGCUACUUCAGCUAAACCAACAACAACCACGAACGUAACCACAUCUAAACCACCACGAACACAAAAGAAGCAACAAAGUCGACAAAGCGAGCUCGUUCUUCUAAAAGCUCAUUAG